UUAAAAAAUCGGAAAAAAUCAGAAAAAAUCAAAAAAAAUCAAAAAAAAUUAGAAAAAAUUGGAAAAAAGUAAAGAAUAUUAAAAAGAAUUAGAAACAAAUUCAGAAUAAAUCUGGGAUGGUGUAACUCUAGUUGCAUAUCAGAAAACGCUCCCAGGGCCAUGGAAAGAUGCGGUAACCUCCCAGAUCAGGGAAAUGUAUGCGAAUUGAUUUAAUUCAUAAUCUCUAUUGCGUGACACUCGGUGACAUGCACAAAGUGCAGCGUACUCUAUUCUCCGACUGGAAUCUUGAAAAAUUUCCCAAAAGGUCGUACAGAACACAUGCAGUGCACGUUCGCUUUGCCCCGAGCCCAACAGGUUACCUGCAUCUCCGAGGCCUCCAUACAGCUCUGUGCAACAUGGUGCAGCUAUUCAUCGGCUAUUCGAAACAAGGAACUUAUAUUCUACGCUCAGAAGACACAGAUCAAACAGGACUCGUAUCAGAUGCUGCCGGUAAAUUCCAAGAGGAUGUAUUCUGGGCCAGAAUCCUCCUGGACAAAAACCCGACAAGGGGUGGGCCCACAGGCCCUUACUUUCAAUUGUAACAUCUGGAAUUAUACGAGUAUCUAUUCCAAUAUCCUUUUUGUUAGUUUCAAUUUGAUACCUCCAUCCUUUGUAGUGAGCAGGUUCAAGUUCUCCUCCAGAAUGCCUCGGCUUAGCGCUGUUUUUGUUAGACAAUGGACUGGGGCUCUCAGGACAAGAAUCGUUGAGACUUAGGCAAACACCGAAGCACGACAAGUGUCCAAAUAAUACCACGUGACUACAUUUUACGCUAAAAAUCUGCGUCAAACAUCAGCAUGAAAUUGCACCUUCAGAAUCAGAGUAAUUAGAUGCCCAUGAUUGAUAAAAUAAAAAUACUCACGCACAGUUGCGAUCCGGUAUCAAGAUCAGAACGAGUCAAAUGGGUAGGAUUUAAUU